AUGACAGCUGACCAAGUGACUGUUGCAGCCCUGAGCAGCCUAUCCUCCGACGCGUCAACGAGCGAUCGAUCGCGAAGCGACUACUACAGCCCUAGACAGCCCGUCCUCCGACACGACGAACAGCCCGUCCUCCGACACACGACGAACAGCCCGUCCUCCGACACGACGAACAGCCUGUCCUCCGACAUGGCGAGCGGUCGAGCGAUUGCUAUAGCACUGAACAACCUAUCCUCCGACGUCGCGAGCGAUCCAGUGAUUGCUGUAUCCAUAGAUAGCCUAUCUCUGAUACGGCGAGCGAUUGCUGCAGACCUGAACAGCCGCCUUCCGACACAACGAACAGUCUGUCCUCCGACGCGGCGAGCGAUCGAGUACUACUAUAGCAGUGAAUAG